AUCUUUCCACGUCUUCAGACAUCUACAGGAUCCAGUGCAAACCAGAAAGGCAGCAGAUGAACCCCACCGGAGCAGAGAAUGAGAAACUUACUGUGAAACUAGACUCACCUGAACUAUCACCUGAACAGUCCAAAGACACUGUUCUUGAGUCUUCAGAUUGGGACAACAUCUUCAGGAUCCCUUGCAAAUCAGGAAGGCAGCCGGUGAGCCCCAUUGAAGCGACCCAUGAGACCUCCGCUAUAAAACUGGAGGUAUCGGACCGAUCAUCAGAAACAAGCCCAGAGAAUGUGACCGUGAAUUCAGACUGGGGGAAUGUCUGCAGGAUCCCGUGCAAAUCACAAAGGCAGCCGAGGAGCUCUCUAGGGGCUGAGGCUGAACAAUCCGGCUUUGGCAACAUAGAGAAUUUUGCACUUUUCCAAGAACACCUGAAGAGAGAAAUGCCAUACGUGUGCAUGGAAUACGAAGACAACUUUGCGGAUCAGGUUGGCCUGGAACCACACCAGGGAAAGCUCCCACUGGAGGCUCCAUUUAACUGGACUGGUUGUGGCAGCGGCUUUGGGCCCAUGUCCCUUCUCAUGACUCAUGAGAAAACCCACAUAGGAGUGAGGCCGUACAUCUGCAUGGAAUGCAAGAAGGGCUUCAAUCACAAACAAGACCUGAUACGGCAUUACCGUAUCCACACGGGAGAGAGACCCUAUCAGUGCACUGAAUGCGGGAGAAGCUUCGUCCAGAAAACGCACCUUAUAACGCACUUCCGAAUCCACACGGGCGAGAGGCCGUUUCCAUGUACCGAGUGCGGGAAAAACUUCAGGAAGAAAACCCACCUGAUGCGGCACCAGAGGACUCACUCGGGAACCCGGCCGUUUCCCUGCUCUGUCUGCCAGAGGAACUUCAGCCACAAGCAAGAUCUCGCCAGGCACCAGCAGAUCCACACAGGGGAACGGCCGUUCACGUGCACCGAGUGUGGGAAGAACUUCGGCUGGAAGAAGAAUCUCAUCACCCACCAACGUAUCCACACGGGGGAGCGGCCUUUCAGCUGCGCUAAGUGUGGGAAGAGCUUCAGCUGGAAGAAAUACCUCAUCACGCACCAGAAGACCCAUGAGGAGAAGAGACUGUACAACUGCCCUCACUGCGACAGGAGCUUCUGCCAGAAAUCCGUGCUCAGCAUGCAUCAGAAGACGCACCUCGAAAGGCGAGCCUACACCUGUGCCGUUUGCCAGAGGAGCUUCGGCCACAAGCAGGACCUCAUAAGGCACCACCGGAUCCACACCGGAGAGAGACCCUUCACCUGCAGUGAAUGCGGGAAGAGCUUCAGCCAGAAGACUCACCUGGUGACCCACUUCCGGAUCCACACGGGUGAGAGGCCGUUCCUGUGCAGCGAAUGCGGGAAAGGGUUCAGCAAGAAAACCCACCUGAUGAGGCACCAGCAAAUCCACACAGGGGAGCGGCCCUUCAGCUGCACCCAGUGCGACAAAGGCUUCAGCUGCAAGAAGAACCUCCUCACCCACCAGCUGAUCCACUCCGGGGACGUGAUCCUCUACGCCUGCGCCGAGUGCGAGAAGAGCUUCACCUGGAAGAAGAACCUCAUCACCCACCAGAAGAUCCACGCGGGGAAGAAGCCGUUCGUCUGCACCGAGUGCGGGAAGAGCUUCAGCCAGAAAACCCACCUGAACACCCACCAGCGCAUCCACACCGGAGAGCGGCCCUUCCCCUGCGCCCAGUGCGGCAAGGCCUUCAGCCAGAAGUCCAUCCUCAUCACCCACCAGAAGACCCACCUGGGCAGCCGGCCCUACGCCUGCACGGAGUGCGAGAAGAGAUUCAGCCACAAGCAGGACCUGAAGCGACACCUGAGGAUCCACACAGGAGAGAGGCCCUACGCGUGCACCGCGUGCGGCAAGAGCUUCAACCAGAGGACGCACCUCAUCACGCACUACAGGAUCCACACCGGGGAGAGGCCCUUCCCCUGCGACCUCUGUGGGAAGCGCUUCAGCAAGAAAACGCACCUCAUGAGGCACCAGAGAGUGCACGCCGCGGUAAAGCCGCACAUGCGCAGACUCAACGUGGGGGCCAUCUCCAUGGGGAGCCAGAUUUCGGUCUCGGUUGGAAGUCCUAUCUCGCUUGGGGAUGCGCUGAAGGAGGAGACCAUAUACGUUUACCAGCUGUGAAAGACGAGCAACGCUAGACGCCUGCCCAACGGAGCUGAGCAAGGAAGGUGCAAAGAAGCAGCUUCUUGUAAAAUAACCACUCAGAAUCCAGACGGGACUGAACGUGAGAAAAGCUUCACAGCAAAUACGCACGGAGCAGAAUCCACGUCUAUUUAUCAGGCUGAGGUCUGCAGAGAAACGUUAGAGCACCCAGGGACCAGCCUAGCGCUGGGACCCUAGAGGAAAGGUUCGUCUCCUCUCGAAGGUUCAUUAGUGGCCUCUCACAAAGAACAUGCUUUGGCCCAAAUUUGCAGCCAGUUGCCUUAGUUGCACCUGCAGAAGUUGAAUGCAUCUGUCUGUGCCCCGAAAAGUGCAUCAGCCUAUGCAAGAUGAGCCACCGCAUGCACAAAGCAUGUUUGGGGUGCACACAAACACUAUGUGCUCCCAAUAUUUGCCAGCACAGUUACAGAGUCCCCCGGGAAACACGUCCCUUUGUAUCCUGGGUGUAAGAACGUCCAUCACAACGGGACAUUUUAACGGUCACAAGACAGUCCACAUAGCCAUUCACGGGAAUCUACGGGGAGGAAUAGAAGCUUCACUACUAGGUCCUGCUUCAGUCUGCUCUGCAGAUCUGAACCAGGAGAGCAAAGACAGGCCUGCAAUGAAUGUGUGAAAAGCUGCUAUCAAUGUUUAUAUGUAAAUCUCCAAUGGGAUCAUCGCAGGAAUCAACAAAGCACAAAGACUGCACUCAAUUGUACAGUAACCCCUGAACACGUGAGAAAUGGGGGGGGACAGUGUCCGGUGUGUAGAACGGUUUCAAAAGAAGAGGAGUAAAGGAAUAACCAAGAUACCCUGUUAUCUCCUCUGUCAGCCACUCCCCCUGCACCCCGUCUCCGCAGGGUGGCAGAGGACACUGAACGUACGUUGGCAGGAAGCCGUAGUGGGAAAGAGUUUUAACAGAACCAUCAUUUCUCCUUCUUGAACUGCUCCUGGAAACACUGGCGUGUAUUUCAGUGGAGCAUCAGCACGUGCUGCAGUGACCAAACCAGGGGCUUUCCGUUCAGCCGGGGGGAAUGUCUACCCAGCUCUUCUCUCGUUCGGCUCGCACAUCCGCAGGGGAGAUUCAGAACUGGGUGCACCAGGAGAAUCUGCACCGUCUGCUUCCCCACAGGGACCCAGGGCUGUUACUGCAGGUGUCAGCUCUAGCUGGCAAACCGAGCGUGCCGAGUAUCAGACACGCUCCCCCAGUCUAGCCAGGACACACUAACAGGGCUUAAAUCUGGCCAGAGCAGAGCUCCGGGAAAUAUUUCCAAGCCCCAGCGCCACCCUGCGGCGUGGAGCCCCCGCCCGCCAUAUGGGACUGAAGCCCUGAGCCCCGGCGCGCCCCUUUCCCACACCCCUGGUGCAGCCAAAUCCCAGAGCCCAUCACCCCGCCACAGGGCAGAAGCCCCGAGCUCACCCCGCCAGCCCAACGGCUGGAGCCCUGAGCCUCCCCUCCAGCCCACUGGGCCCUGGAGUUUUUAUAGCAUGGUGGGGGAGGGCGUGGGGGGCUCCGGGAAAUAAUCUAUGAGAAGUUAAAUUCUGCCCACUAAUACUACAGCCUCUGCAACACGGGAUAGCAGAGACUUUGGUGCCUAACCUACAGCACGACGACUUGUUCAUCCACAGAAGCAGAGAAUGAUCUAAAGUCGCAUUCAGUGUCCUGC